GGUUGGGAUGAGUAUGGAGUAGUGGCCAUUGGUUGGGAAGAGUACGGAGUAGCGGCCAUUGGUUGGGAUGAGUACAGAGUAGUGGCCAUUGGUUGGGAUGAGUACAGAGUAGUGGCCAUUGGUUGGGAUGAGUACGGAGUAGUAGCCAUUGGUUGGGAUGAGUACGGAGUAGUGGCCAUUGGUAGGGAUGAGUACGGAGUAGUGGCCAUUGGUUGGGAUGAGUACGGAGUAGUGGCCAUUGGUUGGGAUGAGUACGGAGUAGUGGCCAUUGGUUGGGAUGAGUACGGAGUAGUGGCCAUUGGUUGGGAUGAGUACGGAGUAGUGGCCAUUGGUUGGGAUGAGUACGGAGUAGUGGCCAUUGGUUGGGAUGAGUACGGAUGGCCAUUGGUUGGGAUGAGUACGGAGUAGUGGCCAUUGGUUGGGAUGAGUACGGAGUAGUGGCCAUUGGUUGGGAUGAGUACGGAGUAGUGGCCAUUGGUUGGGAU